UGCAUCCAUCACAUGUCAAUUCAAAUAGAUUGAGUAUACCAGCGCAUUUUGCGAGGCAAUAUCUGUCAAAGAUGCACAAAGAGGUCAUACUUCUCCUUUCAAAUGGCAAAUCAUGGCCAGUAAUAUGUUAUCAGUAUAGUACUGACGGACCAAAGCUAAAUGUAAGAUUCGGUAAUGGUUGGCGUAAAUUUUCCUUGGAUAAUAAUUUAGAAGUCGGUGAUGCCUGUGUCUUUGAACUGGUUGAGGGUGCUGAAGCCUCGAUGAACAUAACCAUUUAUAAGAAGCAGGCUGAUCAGGACGCAAAUUUCGGCUCAUCUAUGGAUGAUAAAAGUAAAGAGCAACAAGUUGAGUUCCAUGAAAGAUUGGUGAUUAAAACUGAAGAAAUCUGUUUGGAUGACAUUUUGAUGUCAAAAACCAAUUCUCCAGGCAAAGCCUAA